AGGGGACAGGGUACUCACGGGGGUACCCCAAAGUCGGGCUGGGGUCUCUCUGGCUGCAGUUUGGCUCCGUGGAGCAGAGGUCGGGGUUCUCCGGGCUGUACCGGACAAAAGUGGCGAAGAGGACGAUGGUGAGGAGCUGGAGGAAGAAGCAGAGGCCGGCGAGGUGCAGCCUCGCAGCAGCACGCUCAGCCAUGCCGCCGAGCUCAGCCUGCAAAUCCUGCCUGCAAACCACGCCUGCGAGGCCAAAUCCUGCCCGGAAAAGCUCAGGAAAAUGAAGUGGUUUGAAGUAGGGGUCCUUGGGAGCCUGCAGUGCUCAGAGAAGAGUUAUUGCAUUGACCAGAAUGGGGCAGCAGCUUGGAGCAAGGGGAGCUUCCUAGAGCGGGAUGCACGGAGCUGCUUCCCACCCGGGAGCUGUUUUUUGCACUGUGCAUGCCAAGAUCGCCAUGUCCUCUGCUGGACAGACAGACAGACAGACGGACGCUUGUCUGCAUUCGCGUGCGAUGAGUUUCCUCCAGCCCCGGAGAUGCACCCUUGGGGGGGGGGGAGGGAGCUGAUAAGGGAACCCAGAACACAGCCCCAUUGUGUGGCUUUGUUUUGCUGCCUGCACCGUCCCAGCCCCAAAGUGACAGCGGCGAAGCUUCUGCGGUGCCUUUGCAAUGGGCCGGGUGAGGGCUGGGGGGUGUCAGGGUGGGUGGACCCCCCACCCCUCCCUCCCCUUUGCUCUCCCAGAUCGUGGCAUCAGCAGCCCCAGAGCCAGAGACUCCAUGCGGGGAGCGUGGAUCUGAUCAGCACCGAUGGGUAUGGGAGCAGAGAACAGAAUCCCGUGGGGAGCAGCACCGAGGGGGUCCCUGCCUGCAACGGGGGGCACCACAGCACAGGUUUGAGCUUCCCAGAGCCCUUCACCUCGAGAUGGGGCAGCAGUGACGAAGCCGGGACGCAGGCAGUGGUGGAUGAGCACGGCAGCUCCCCUGGGGAAGUCCACUUUGCAGGGCAAACAUUGAGCUGGUCGCUGCCCAUGUCCCCUCUGCACCCAUCCUGCUGCAUGGCCCUGACCCCUUCGCUCCCCCCAAGCUUCCUCCAGUCCCCAGCUCUAAAGAUGCGCCGGGUUCUGCUCGUAUCCCUCUGGCUCCUGGCAGCAUCCCCCUCCUCCAGCAUCUUCCAGAAGCCAACAGGGAGCCCCGCCGCCCCACGCCUGCAGUACCUGCUGGAGCCCCUGCACACCGCGGUGCACACGCAGCGAGGUGGCACGGCCACGCUGCCCUGCGUGCUGCGCGCCCUGCCCCGCAACUACCGGGUGAAGUGGAGCAAAGUGGAGCCAGCCAAUUACGGGGAAAACGUCAUCAUCAUCACCAACGGGCUCUACCACAAGAACUACGGGCCGCUGAGCCCCCGCGUGCGCCUGCGGCACAGCCACCGCUACGACGCCUCGCUCACCAUCACCGACGUGGCCUUGGAGGAUGAGGGACGCUACCGCUGCCAGCUGGUCAACGGGCUGGAGGACGAGAGCGUCUCGCUCACGCUGCACCUGGAGGGUGUUGUCUUCCCCUACCAGCCCAGCAACGGGCGCUACAGAUUCAACUACCACGAAGCCAAGCGUGCGUGCGAGCAGCAGGAUGCCCGGCUGGCCACCUACCAGCAGCUCUACAAAGCCUGGACGGAGGGCCUGGACUGGUGCAACGCGGGCUGGGUGCUGGAUGGCACCGUGCAUUACCCCAUCAUCAACUCGCGGGAGCCGUGCGGCGGCCGCCUCCUGCUGCCCGGCAUCCGCAGCUACGGGGCCAAGGACAAGCAGCGGGACCGCUUCGAUGCCUUCUGCUUCACCUCUGCGCUGCAAGGUGAGGUCUAUUUCAUCCGGGGCCACCUGAGCUUCAAGGAGGCCGGGCAAGCGUGUCGCAACCAAGGUGCUACCAUUGCCAAAGUGGGGCAGCUCUACUCCGCCUGGAAGUUUUUGGGGCUGGACCGCUGCGAUGGGGGGUGGCUGGCAGAUGGAAGCGUGCGGUACCCGAUCACCACCCCCCGGCAGCGCUGCGGGGGUCUGCCAGAGCCCGGUGUCCGCAGCUUUGGCUUCCCCAGCAAGGAGCUGAGGACCUACGGCACCUACUGCUUCGUGGGGACAUAGGAGAGGUGGGCAGAGGCGAGGGGGUGGCACCGGCUCUCGUCACCUGAGUGGAGAGCUUGAGGUGGGACAGGGGUCUCUGGGGGAUUUGGGGUGGUGCUUGCAUCCUCUGGUGGAGCGAUGAGGCUGAAUUUGGGGGGAUCCGUGCAUCCUCUGACGGGGCUGAAUGUGGAGGGUUUGCGCAUCCCCUCCGAUGGGACUGAAUCUGGGGGGGCUUGAGCAUUUAGUGGAGCUGCUCCCUGCAGUCAGCUGCCUCAGGGUUUUGUAGGCUCGAUGGAGAAUCCAGAGCCAUUUCCAAUCCCAGGAAUUGAGGGGGUCCAGUCCAGCCCCCCGGUGGGCACAGCAGGCUCCCUGAGCCCCCCAACUUCGGUGCACCCCCGGCCUCGCUCCCUACGGCCACACGGACUUUGGCUGGUGCAGGCGUGCUGGAGAGCCAGGCAUUAACGAGUGUGACUAAUGGAGUUUCGCUUUCUCAAUUAAUAAAGCGACAGUAAAGCUGCC